AUGCAGACAGGCCCCAACAAGGUCAACCCGGAUCCCAGCUUUUGCUGCAACCUAAAACGGCGUAGAGCUCGGGCAAAACGCCAAGGCACGUCCACUCAAACAAAAACUAGUCACAAAAAAGAUGCAAGAUGUCUCAUAACAGGAGAUUCUGCUGCUGAGUCUCCGGUGCAUCUUUGCUACGUUCUGAAUGAGCGUCGCUGGAUCAACCAUUUUAUGCUUCCCCAUCUCGAGUGGAUCUGGGGCAUGAAAUAUGAUACGCUGAAGCUAGACACACAGUCCAAUGCUAUAUGCUUGCGCGAAGACUGGCGCGAGUCGCUCGAAUCCGAUCAAUGGAUGCUAUUUCCUCGAUAG